GCAGUUGCCAUCUUGAAUGGCAUGGCUCUGUUAACGAAGUGCGCGAUAGUAAAAAAAGAUUAUAUUUCUUAAAAACGAGUGAGCUGCUACGUAUGGAAAUAUUUAGAUAAAUAGUGAUAGUGCGUGUCGCACAAUUCAAUAAAGAUGGAUGCGGUAAAAGCAUUCAAUGCAGAGCUUUCUGCUCUGUACGAUGUCAAGCCACCGAUAUCAAAAGCCAAAAUGAAUUCACUUACAAGAGGUGCAAUCAAGGCCAUUAAGUUUUAUAAACAUGUUGUUCAGAGCGUGGAAAAAUUCAUACAAAAAUGUAAACCCGAGUAUAAAGUUCCGGGUCUUUAUGUCAUUGAUUCAAUUGUUCGACAAUCGAGACAUCAAUUUGGAGUGGAAAAAGAUGUUUUUGCACCAAGAUUUGCAAAGAAUAUGCAAAUGACAUUCUUAAAUUUGCUCAAAUGUCCUGCUGAGGACAAGAGUAAAGUCAUUCGUGUCUUAAAUCUCUGGCAAAAGAAUGCUGUCUUUCCACCGGAAGUUAUUCAACCUCUUUUCGAUCUUGUUGAUCCAAAUCAUCCAAUUCACAAGGAACAAUCGAUCAGUACGAAUGGAGUGAAUGCAGCUAACGCAAAUGCUAAAGCAUCGCCAACAAUGAAAAACGCAUCGAAAGAUCCAAAAAUGUUUGCAAACGCAAAAACCAUUGAUCCAGCCUGGUUGGCUCAAACAAAAAUGGAAACAGCCAAUAUGGUAAACGCACAUAAACUUUUGGGACAAUCUGGUUCGAAUCAGGUUGUUGUGAAUAUUUUAGAUCAAUUUCAAUAUUUACAACAAUUGCUAUUAAAGAAGCAAGAGGCGGCAAAUGAGGCUCAGAGUUCGGUGAAAUUCGAUAAGAAACUUCUUGAUUUUGAUUAUGGCGAGGAAGAAGAUGAUGAUGUUGUUGUCACGAGUAGUUCACCGGUUAUUAAUCCAAGUGUAAAUCAACAUAAUGCCGUGUCAACGACAGGAAGUCUCGAGAGUUUAGGCCUAUUGUUGACGAAUCCCGAAGUUUUAAGGCAAUUACAAACACUUCAACAAACUAUGCAAACUGGUCAAUCGCAACAGGAGAUGGAGGAAAAAAUGCGUAAAUUGCAACAAAUGAAACAACAGGAAGAGGAAUUCGAUAAACAUCUUGCUCAAACUGUACCAAAUCUUCCGUUUGCUUCGGAGUGUGAAUUGAAGCCUUCCGACGUUUUGAAACCAAAUCAAGGGAUGUUUCCUGGCAAUUCUAAUUCUGGAAUGAUUCAACAGGACAUGAGUCAACCGCCUCCUGGUUAUCCACCAGCUUUGCCUUUUACAUCACAACCGCCACCUUUAAUUAGAACAAUGACACAAGGUCCACCACCUCCAUCACAAAGUCCUCUUAUUGACGAAAGUAGGAGCAUCACUGAGAGGCGAGACAGUAGCAGUGUGGAGAUAGUCAAUGAACCAGCGAGAUCCCAAAGUAGAUCACCGGAACGUUAUCGUCGUCAUAGUCGAUCACGAUCCCCUCGACAUAGAGAUAGAGACAGACGGGACAGAGAUCGUGACAGAAAGUCUCGAUCAAGGUCAAGGUCGAGACGAGGAAGAUCACGUUCAAGAGAUCGUAAUAGAAAACGAGACGAUAGCCGCGAGAAAUUAACCGAAGAAGAAAGAGAAAAAGAACGGGAACGCAGAAAGCGAGGACUUCCUCCAAUUGUACGAGAGAAACUCAGUGUUUGCAGUACAACUCUUUGGGUUGGUCACUUAUCGAAAUUAGUACAUCAAGAAGAAUUAUCCGACACCUUUGGAGAAUUAGGAGACAUUGUUAGUAUUGAUUUAAUUUCCCCGCGAGGUUGUGCUUUCAUUUGUAUGAAUCGAAGACAGGAUGCUUAUCGUGCACUAACAAAACUUAAAAAUCAAAAAAUGCAGGGAAAAGCAAUUACGCUUGCAUGGGCUCCGGGCAAAGGAGUCAAGGGCAAGGAAUGGAAGGAUUAUUGGGAAGUUGAAUUGGGAGUGAGUUAUAUUCCUUGGAAUAAAUUGAAUAAUAUUUCUGAACAUGAACUCGAACUUUUGGAGGAAGGAGGAAUGAUUGAUGAAGACACGUUACCAAUGAGAUUGAAAGGUAAAUUGAAACACGCAAUUAACUCAGAGGGUGUACGUCAACAAUUACAACAAAUGCAACAUAAUUUACCUCCAGGUGGAAUACAAUUGCCUGAAUCAGUUGGCAAUGUAAUGUCACAAUCAAAUGAAAAUCAAGCACCUCAACAAAUAUUGGAUACUAGUCAACCGCCUCCAAUAAGGCCUCCAACUUCUGCACCUUUGCUACCGCCACCGCCUCCAAAUCCUCAAUUACAAAUGAUGCCACCGGGAUUUCCUAUGUCAAAUGUUCCACGUAUGUUAGGACCAAUGGGCUUGCAAAUGCCACAUGGAUUAAUGCCAAAUGUUCCAAUUGGAGUUCCACCACCAAAUAUGCAGGGACUUCUUGGUCCACCGGGUAUGAUGCAGCCAAUGAUGCCAUCUCAGACGCCUUUUGGUGCCGGAGUUGGAGUUAGCCUUCUCACUCAAAUUCCACUGCCUGCCCCAGCGGCUCCUUCCGAUAAACCAAAUUCAACUGGUAUGCCGCCAAAUGUUCCACCGCUUGGAGUUCCACCACCCACAUCAGAAUCAAAUUUACCCAGUUUGCCAAUGAUGCGUCAACCUUUUGGUGUUGGACCUCAAAUGCAAAUGCACUUAGCUCAUCAUCAUCACCAUCAUCAUCAACAACAACAGCAGCAUCAACAACAACAGCAACAACACUCCGAGGAUAUGGAUGUUGAAAUGGAAGAUGUAAUGCCACCGAGUACAAAUAAUCCACCCAAAGAAAAACAACAAAGUCUCAGCGAUCAAUUACUUGCUGCAAUUGGAAAAGGACCCGACAGUCGAUUGGAUAAUGAUUCUCAUCGUGAUUUUCGUGAUAGGGAACGUGAUCGCGAUAAUCGCGGUGACAGAAGAGAUCGUGAUGAUCGAGAUAGAGGUCCUCGUGAUCGUAGUGAAAGUGAUAGACAUGAUCGUGGCAGAGAUCGUGGCCGUGGAAGAGAUCGAGGUCGUGAUCGAAGACGUGAUAAUCGUGAGAAAGAUCGUGACGAGAGACGUGAUCGUGACAAUCGUGAUAGUCGCGAUCGACAUCAGGAGAAUGCAAAUACACCAUCGCAACAAAGUGGCGUGAAUAAUGAAACGUCUAAUAAAAAGGAUGCGAAACCAAGUUUAGCCGAUCGUUUACGUCAAUUGGCCGAUGGUACUUUACCACUUGACGAUCGUAUGGAUAGAAAUCGUAAUCGUAGUAGUGAGAGAAUUGAUGUUCCACCGCCUGUUCGUCGUGCAAAUGAUUUACCACCGGCUCUAAUGGAUUUGCCAAAAUUCCCACAAGAUAGACCUGAAUUUCCUCUACGUGGACCUGAAUUUCGUGGUCAUCCACGAGGACCAGACGCUCCAUCGGAAUUGUCACGUGAUUUCCCACCACGUGGUGGUCCCGGUGAUCGUGAUCGAGCAAACUUUGGCCGUAGAGGUUCAAUUGGACCUCCAAUGCGUGGACAUGAAGAAUUUCCUGAUGCCCGAAUGCACGGCGGAAGAUUUCCAGAGGACUUUGAAAAUAGAAUAGGACCGAGGCAGGAAGAUUUUGAUCUUAGAUUGGGACCACCACGUGAUGAAUUCGAAAGGCCGGAUAUGAGGGGACGACAUCCGGUUGAUGAUUUUGAACGUGAACGUUUUGAAUUUGAGAUGCGUCAACGUGAUGGUUUUGAUCCAAGAAUGCAGGAAGGAUUUGACGGGAGGAAUAUAAAUGAACAUCCCGAUUUUGAUCAUAGGAGAAGAGGUGGAGGAGGAGGUGGUGAUUUCUUCCAUGGACCAAUGGAACCCGGUUUUGGACCACCACCUAUGAUGGGACCAAGAGGUCCACGAGGUCCUCCUAUGGGACCUGAUGGAUUUGGACCAAGAGGUCCUGGAAUUGGCCCACGCGGACCACAUGGUCCGCCAAUGUUCCAUCCACGUGGAAUGGGACCACGAGGUAUGAGGCCAGGAAUGCGGCCACCAUUUGGACCACGUGGACCACCUGGACCGCAAUUUGAUGCCCGAGAGAAGGAGCCAUUCUUCCGACCGCCAUUCGAUGACGGUCAUCGGCCACCGGGUCCUUUAUUGAGACCACCAUUUGGUCCAAUGGGUCCAAAAGGCCCACACGAUGGACCCUGGAGGAAUCAAGAGAAUGGACCAUGGAUGGAGCCAGGAGCUGAUCAUGAGGACCACAAUUUACGUGACAAUCAUAAUUCAAAAUCUAAAUUUCAAGAUCACAAAGGCGGCCCCGCAUCAGAUCGUGAAAAUCGUAAUCGAAAUCGAAAAUCAAGAUGGGGCAAUGUCAGUCCAUCGAUGAAUGAUGAUUCCGGUGAUCCUGAUCAAUCUGAAGGUGAAAAGAGACCAAGAAGACAAUCCAGUGAUCAUUUCGAUAGUGAACAACAUAAUUCAAGUAAAUUCAAUGAAUCAGUGAAUGAUGAACGACCACCAGGUACAGAAAAUGAGAGUAUCGAUGAAGGGAAAUUUAAUUCACCGAAACCACCACCACCACUUCUUCAAUUGAAGAUUAAUGAGCCAGAUGAUGAGAAAAAUUUCAACAACACUCCCAAUGACAAUCAAUGUUUCGAGACAACGCCCGCUGAACAAUCUUUUGAAACUGAUAAAUCAUUUGAACCAUCGAAUCAAGAUUUCGAACAAUCCACUAAUAAUCAAAAUUUUGAAUCUACUAAUAAUGAAAGUUUCGAACCUAUUGAUAAUACGUCGAAUAAUCAGAAUUUUGAACCUCCCAGUGAGCAAAUACAGGAGGAACAGCAUUGCUUUGAGCCACCGGUGGUGGAUUUUCAACCUCCAGAGGAUAAAGAGCAAUUUUACGAACCGGAACCACCGCAAAUGGAAAUGAAAUCUGAUUUUCCAGUUGAGGUACAACCUGAACGAGAAGAAGCAGUUAGUGAAUGUGUUAGUGAAGUACCUUGUGAGCAACAGGAAGAACAAUCUACUUUGUAACGAAGCUCUUCGUCAACAUAAGAGAGAGAAAGAAAGAAAGAGAGAGAAUAGAGUUCGAAAAUUCAAGUGUAAAAUACGGUCCUGAGUGUGUAAAUAAGGAAGUGAAAAAUCCUAAAGUAUUUUGACUCCGGAGUGGUGAGGGAGCUUUGGGUCCAGUAGUGAGUCUUUGUCAUUAAAAACUUUCUCUAAAAAGCAUUCGUUUUUCGAGCCAAUUAAAAAAAAGAUAGUGAACAGGACCUACCUAUUUCUUUUUGUGUAGGCGAUAGCAAAAAAAAAAAAAAAAAAAACUCGGGUACGUUUACAAAUUCUCAUUUUUUUUUUCUUUUUUUAAAAUGUAGAAUUUUUAAAAUUUUUUUCAGUCUUUUUUUUUAAAAUAAACAUUUUUAUUCUUUAGUAACGAAACAAUUUUUUGUUGUUAAAUUUACAAGAAGAUUAAUAUUUGAGUUUUUUUUUUUAGUGGAUUUUAGUUUAGUUAAGUUUUUUCUUUAUUUAUUUUUUUUUUUUUUAAUAUAAUUUGCAGGUAUCGAAAUUUAACUGAUUAUUGAUUUUACUAAUCUAACUAAACGAAAAAUCAAGUAUAAAAUUCAAUUCAAAUAUUUAUUCAAUCUUCCUGUAAAUUUAAAUUUUUUUUUCCGCUUGACGAUUUCAGGAUAAAUUUUCAAAAAAAAAAAAGAUUAAAUUCGUGAUCAUUAUAUACUUAAAAGAAGUUAACGAGUGUGAAAUUACUUUUAAUAAAUUAUAACAGUAAAUUAUAAUGAGAAUUGUAUAAAAAAAAAAAAAAAAUUCGAGACCCAUGGUAUCUCGAUUUUUAUACCGUGAAAAGUCACUAAAUCGCGGAUAAAAUAAUAAUUUCCGACUAAUUUUUUCUAAGAAAACAAAAAGUCGAAGUGUGCGGUACUGUACAGUGAUAGUAUUGUACCCUUUAUACUUAAUUUAUUGUACAUAUUUUUAUAUUUUCUUAGUACGAAAAAGAAAUUAAUAAUUUUGUUGUGCAAGUAAUUGCUCAAGGAAAAAUAAAUAUUUUAUGUAUACACUUUAA